AUCUCGACAAUGCCUGAACCAGCGAAGCCUGCUCCCAAGAAGGGUUCGAAAAAGGCGGUGACUAAAACCGCCGGCAAAGGAGGGAAGAAGCGCAAGAGGACCAGAAAGGAGAGUUACGCUAUCUACGUGUACAAAGUGUUGAAGCAGGUCCAUCCCGACACCGGAAUCUCCUCUAAAGCGAUGGGUAUCAUGAACUCGUUCGUCAACGACAUCUUCGAGCGCAUCGCCGGUGAGGCGUCUCGUCUCGCUCACUACAACAAGCGCUCCACCAUCACAUCCAGAGAGAUUCAGACCGCCGUGCGUCUGCUGCUGCCCGGGGAACUGGCUAAACACGCCGUGUCUGAGGGCACAAAGGCCGUGACCAAAUAUACCAGCUCUAAGUAAAGCGCGGACUCGACUUUAGCUACCCAAAGGCUCUUUUAAGAGCCACCCAUGCUGUCUUUAAAAAGGGUUCUUUAAGUUGAUUCCUGAACACCCUGUUCAUGAUUUCCCUAUUCUAAAAUUGCAAAGACUUCUAUUAUAUUAAGGAGAAAGUUUAUUAAACUAACUUUAUCUCAAUCAAAUAUAAAUCAAUGUUUUCAUUUUAAUAUUAUUUUAAACAACCCUACCAUGAAAGGGGAAGAGGGAAGAAAUCACUUUCCCGAACUCUCACAUUCAAUCUGCCCAGUUGGUGGAAUGAACUCCCUAACUACAUCAGAACAGCCGAGUCAAUUGCUGUCUUCAAGAAAUGACUAAAAACUCAACUGUUUAGUCUCCACUUUCCUUCCUAAUCUGUAACUGCAUCUCUGGCUAUACCACUAACUGUACUCUCAAAAAAUAAAAAAUAAAACAUUACUAAUGCUUUGCUUCUUAGA